AUGGAGGAAAAGCCUUUCAAAGAGCCAACCAAGUCUUCAGGCUGCCAUGACUCAGUCAAUUCAAACUUGACCAGUGACAUCCGCAAUCUGUGGACCACGGCCACGCUGUCGCAGGCCAAGCUGAACCUGCCGCUGAUCAGAGUUUCUGAGGACUCUGAACUGGAGGGCAGCAAGACUGACCCCUGGUACAGCCAGAAGACGACCCGCCAGGACUCGGACGGCGCCUGGGAAGAAUGGGAUGACAGGAGUGACAAAGUCAGCUUCAAGCACAAAGGGCUGGGCGGCCGCACCGUGGAGCUGGAGCUUGGCUCCUACAGCUCCCAGGGAAGCGAUUUAGAAGGGGACGAGGAUUCCAGCAUCAAGACGGAAAUAUCUUCCACAAUGUCAUCGCCCAAACUCUUGAAGCACAAGCCCCAUCGAGCCUACUGGGUGGAGCAGCAGAACAGGCUGCCUCUGCCCCUGAUGGAACUCAUGGAGAGUGAAGCUCUGGAAAUCCUCACCAAAGCCCUCCGGAGCUACCGGUCAGGAAUCGGCAGGGAUCACUACUUAACCAAGCAGCUGCAGAGACACAUCGAAGGGCUCAGAAGACGACGGAACAAGAGGUUACACGUCUUGGUGCGCUGAGAGCGCCGCCUCAG